AUGUCCUCCAACGUCGGCCUCUCCACCCCCCGCGGAAGCGGCACAUCCGGCUACGUCCAACGCAACUACGCCUUCAUGAAGCCGCGCAACGCAGGCUACGGCGCGCCCUACCCUCCCGUUUCCGGCGCCAACGCCAACGAUUCCACCCGCGCAUUCAAGCAGCGGCAACCCGACAAGCAGAUUCUUGAGCAUGACCGGCGGCGCGCGGUCGAGGUGAAGGUUAUGGAGGAGCGGGAGCGACUGGAAGAGGAGAACGAGCGGAUUGAGGAGGAGGGCAAGGGCAAGGUGUUGUCGGAGGAGGAGAUUGAGGAGCGGUGCGAGGCGCUGCGGGCGAGGGACAGGGAGCGGGAUUUGCCGCCGAGGGAGAGGAGACAGUUCAAGUCGUAUCAGGUGCAUGAGCUCGCUGAGGCGAAGAUUGAGGAAAGCGAGAGGUUGAGGAAGGCGUUGGGGAUUCGGGAGAAUGGGGAGACGGGGGAGAUCUCGAGUGGAAGGAAGGAUUUUGAGGCGAGGAAGAGGGAUAGGGAGCGGUAUUAG